CAUCGUUGGCAACCCUAUUGCUGACGCCGUAUUCAAAGACCAUCACUUUGUUUAUUUUUGAGAAAUGCCCAUAAAGUUUAUUUUAAUUGCGUUAUUAAUCACCUUUGAAGGAAAAGCAUAUGCAGAUGAUGAUGGACUAUGCAGCCCUGACGAAAAAUCGUGUGGGCAAUCGGAAUCUCUUGAUGGUAACCACGACGAAUUUUCUUUUAAGAUUCGUCGACAGAUCAAGAAAGCUGUUGCCGACUACAAGCCCUGCAGCACCGAUGACGAGGAUUCGAAAUGCGCCUGCCACGCCGCGGUAAUCAAACAUGACUUGGCGCCGUAUAAGGCAACAGGUGUGACCCGGCAAAUGAUCGAAAAAGCUGGAGAAUAUGGUACAAAAUACAAAAUCUUUAACAACCGGCUUUAUCGAGAUGCAAACUGCAUGUUUCCCUCCCGCUGCCAGGGCAUAGAGCACUUUCUGCUGCCUCUAACAGCUAGUUUACCCAACAUGGACUUGGUCAUCAACACAAGGGACUAUCCGCAACUAAACACCGCCUGGGGAAGUAGUGGCAGAGGUCCGAUAUUUUCCUUUUCCAAGACCAAGGAGUACAUGGAUAUAAUGUAUCCGGCGUGGACUUUCUGGGCCGGCGGGCCAGCCACCAAGCUGCACCCGCGAGGCAUUGGGCGGUGGGAUCAAAUGCGUGAGAAGCUGGAAAAGCGGUCGGCAGCUAUUCCAUGGUCUCAAAAGCGGGAGCUCGGCUUCUUUCGGGGCUCACGCACCUCCGAUGAGAGAGACACUCUAAUUCUUCUCUCCCGCCGAAGCCCUGACAUAGUUGAAGCACAGUACACUAAGAAUCAGGGCUGGAAGUCCCCCAAGGACACUCUUAACGCGCCACCCGCCGAUGAGGUAUCCUUCGAAGAUCACUGCAAGUACAAGUACCUUUUUAACUUCCGUGGUGUGGCAGCCAGUUUUCGACUGAAGCAUCUGUUUCUGUGUAAGUCACUCGUCUUCCAUGUGGGCGACGAGUGGCAGGAGUUCUUCUACGACCAGCUUAAGCCCUGGGUGCACUAUGUUCCCCUUAAGAGCUAUCCCAGCCAGCAGGACUACGAGCAGUUGUUGGAAUUCUUCAGGAGAAACGACGACCUGGCCAAGGAGAUAGCUCAGCGGGGAUAUGACUUCAUCUGGCAGCACCUGCGGAUGAAAGACGUAAAGUGCUAUUGGCGAAAGCUUCUAAAGGGAUAUGUGAAGCUACUCAAGUACGAGGUGCUGCCGGAGGAUCAACUUAUUCAUAUUCCGAAUGGUAAAGACGAACUAUAGUUUUAGUCUUAGAUUUUCCACACAUGGCAGCUAUUUAUAUGAAAAGAGAAUAUCAUCUAAUUUAAGUUAUAUCUAUAGGAUCUAUACUUUAGGUUCCAUUUGUUUUAAGACUCAGAAUUCUGGAAAAUUUUUUGAAAAAUAUGUAAACAAAUUCUAAAAUUGGAAAUGGCUCUAACGAGGAGAAUGAUCCGGGAAAUCCUGGUUUUGUUUUGCAUUCUACAUGGCGUUUCCGCGAUGGUGAAUAAAUGUCCGGCCAAUCUGCUAUCUCCGA